AUGGCGCCACAAGCAGAGCAAUGGGAAUCCGAUUCCGAUAGCCAAAAUGCCUCCGACACCGGCUCACACGACGUGGCGGCGAGUCCCGAAGCCGCGGCCGGGCUCUUCGACAAGGACUCGGACGAGGAGGAGCUGGAGCAGCUGGUACUGGGCAACAAAACAAGUUUCAGGGAGAGCCUAUUCAAGUACGGCCAUCUGUUUGACGACCUGGGCGCCGAUGGCGGCGAGUUGGAGGCUGCGGGCGCCGACACAGGAGGGCUGGAGGAUGUCGACGACGGAGACUUGUUCAUGUUCGACACGGGUGUCGCCGGCGCAGCCCGUGGCGUCGCGAAGGACGUUCCCGGGUCGGGCAAGACGGCGCAGGACGAUGCUCCCGCGUGGGAGGACAGCGACGACGAUCGAUUGACCGUUUCGCUCGCCAGCGUUACGCGGCUGCGGAAGCUGCGAAUCACAGAGGCCGAGGACGUCGUCAGCGGCACCGAGUACUGCACGAGACUGCGGCAGCAGUACCAGCGUCUGUAUCCCGCGCCGGCCUGGGCGCAGCAGUCCGAUGACCGCCCGACGAAGCGACGGCGCCGCUCCUCUGCCGCAUCGGACUCGUCGAGCGACGACGACAGCGUCUCGGCGCAGCCGCUCGAGGCGUUUCUGCGAGACGUCAACCGGCUGGCCGGGCUGGGCGGCCCCACGAGGCGAGGCCUGCGACCCGAGGUGCUCAACAUCCAGCGCACGCGCGAGAUCCUCGACACGCACAAGCUGCCCGUCGCGUGCCUCUCCUUCCACCCCGAGUACCCCGUCCUGCUGUCGGCCAGCGCAGCGUCGGUGCUGUUCCUGCACCACAUCGCGCCCGAUGCCCAGCCGCCCAACCCGCGCCUCACGUCGGUCCAGGUCAAGCAGGUCGACGUGCGCGCCGCCGAGUUCCUCUACCCGCGCGGCGACAAGAUCUUCUUUGCCGGGCGCCGCAAGUUCUUUCACCACUGGGACCUGCCCUCGGGCGUCGUGCAGAAGACGACGCAGGUGCUCGGUCAUCGCCUUGAGCACAAGUCCAUGGAGCGCUUCAAGCUCAGUCCCUGCGGGCGGUACAUGGCCAUCGUGGCGUCGACGAGAAAGGGGGGCGGCGUCGUCAACGUGCUCAGCGUCGCGUCCAUGCAGUGGGUCGCCGCCGCAAGACUGCAGAGCCAGAAUGGCUUGGCCGACUUUGCCUGGUGGAGCACGGGCAACGGCAUGACGAUCCUGGGCAAGGACGGCAUGGUCGGCGAGUACAGCAUGGAGAGACAGAGUUUCAUCGCCGUCUGGCACGAUGACGGAAACGUGGGCGGCAUCGUGCUGGCCCUCGGCGGCCACGGAGGUCCCGCCGCCCUGGGCGAGGACCGCUGGGUCGCCGUCGGCUCCAACAGCGGCAUCACCAACAUCUACGAGCGUCAGGACCUCGUGGUGCCGGGCGAGGCCGAGCUCACCAUCAAGGAGCGGCCGACGCCGAGGCGCGUGCUGGAUCACCUCGUCACGCCCAUCACGGUGCUCGCCUUUUCCCCCGACGGCCAGCUGCUGGCCUUUGGCAGCCGCGCCAAAAAAGACGCGCUCCGGCUCGUGCACCUGCCCAGCUGCACCGUCUACCGCAACUGGCCCACGCAGCAGACGCCCCUGGGGCGCAUCACGACGGUGGCGUUUGGCAGGGGGAGUGAUUUGUUGGCUGUGGGCAAUGAUAUCGGCAAAAUACGGUUAUGGACCAUUCAGAACUAG